UUUGAAUCAAUCACAAAAAAAUUUCUAAUCCUGAAAGUACAAAAACCCCUGAAAUUUCUCAUCCACCAUAUCUGAACCAGAACUCAAGAAUUAGCCCCUAAAUUCUCUCACGGUCCAUUUGGUUCGAGCUUUUGCGUCUCGUACCGAUUGCUUCGCUAUGGAUUCCGGAUCAAGUGGCGAGGAACCUACUUCUUGGGAAGAUCUUUGCAGUAUCAAUUUGAUGCCCUCGGAAUUGUUUUUGAAGUUUCGUAAAGAGUUGCGCGGCUUUCGAGUCGGUAUAAAUUUGGAGUUCUAUAAUGCUCCAUGUAAUGAAUAUGAAGCCAAGCUUGUGGUGAAGCCAUUAUAUCCCGAGCAGCGAUGGAAGUUUAUCUAUGAGCCAAUCCGUCAAGAUAUACGUCUUCUAUCCAAGAAGAUUCCUGUUACCAGAUUUCUAAAUCUUCAGGUCGGUAUCGGACAUAAUUUUCAGAUGCACGCUACAGGUUGGAAAUGGAAGCUAACGACAUGUUUGGGUGGAGACGGUGUAUCUCGCAUACGGAACAAGUCAUCGAUUAGCCCAUUCCGGGGAUUGGAUUUUCGCUUCGGAUGGAGGGCAGAUUACGUGCUUCCUGAAAUUACAGGGUCUCUAGGCACCGGCGAAGCGUUGUUUAACAUGAACUCGGGAAAGCUGGAAGCGUCACUUGAUCGAAUUGAGGCCAUUGUCACUCACAGUGAUGAAGGUUGUGAUGGAUAAUACAACCCAA